AAGCUUUGAAGCGAGUUUGGGGAGCUCGGCAGCAUCAUGCUUAGACUUUUCAAAGAGACAAACUCCAUUUUCUUAUGAAUGGAAAGUGAAAACCCCUGUUACGCUUAAAUUGGGUUCCUUCCUGUCCUGAGAAACACAGAGACCCCCAAAAGGGAAGCAGAGGAGAGAGAGACCCACACCCAGACCCCGCGAGAAGAGAUGACCAUGACCACCAUGCCAGAGAGUCUCAACAGCCCCGUGUCGGGCAAGGCGGUGUUUAUGGAGUUUGGGCCACCCAACCAGCAAAUGUCUCCUUCUCCCAUGUCCCACGGGCACUACUCCAUGCACUGUUUACACUCGGCGGGCCAUUCUCAGCCCGACGGCGCCUACAGCUCGGCCUCGUCUUUCUCCCGACCGCUGGGCUACCCUUACGUCAACUCGGUCAGCAGCCACGCGUCCAGCCCCUACAUCAGUUCGGUGCAGUCCUACCCGGGCAGCGCCAGCCUCGCCCAGAGCCGCCUGGAGGACCCAGGGGCUGACUCCGAGAAGAGCACGGUGGUGGAAGGCGGUGAAGUACGCUUCAAUGGCAAGGGGAAAAAGAUCCGCAAACCCAGGACGAUUUAUUCCAGUUUGCAGUUGCAGGCUUUGAACCGCAGGUUCCAGCAAACUCAGUACCUAGCUCUGCCCGAGAGGGCGGAGCUCGCGGCCUCCUUGGGACUCACGCAGACGCAGGUUAAGAUCUGGUUCCAGAACAAGCGCUCCAAGUUCAAGAAGCUGAUGAAGCAGGGCGGGGCAGCUCUGGAGGGUAGCGCGCUGGCCAACGGCCGGGCGCUGCCUGCAGGCUCUCCUCCAGUGCCGCCCGGCUGGAACCCCAACUCCUCUUCCGGGAAGGGCUCGGGCGGCAGCGCGGGCUCCUACAUCCCCAGCUACACGUCGUGGUACCCCUCGGCGCACCAAGAAGCUAUGCAGCAACCCCAGCUCAUGUGAGGUUGCGCGUCCGCAUCCGCCCGCCUCCUUCCCGUCUCCCUCUGCCCGGGCCCCUCUCGCCUCCCGGUCCACCCGCCCCACCCGAGUGCCGUGGGUCCGGAGGAGAAGGGCCCAGAGGGAAAGAAGAAGGAACAGUAAAGGCAGGACGCCCGCCGCCUCCUCCGAGUGCCGCGCGGUCCGGCUCGGCGACUUCCCUGGCGCCCACGCCCUUGCCCGAACCCCGGCCUCGGCCGCGCGGUGACAGCAGACUGGCCUCGAAGCGCAGGCACAGCGGCCUGAGACAGCGGGAGCCGCAGCAAGAUCCCGCCGGACCCGACCGCCGACCCUCAGCUGUAUGGGACUAUCAGGAAAACAAAACAAAACAAAAAACAAUGUAGAAGAAGCAAAAGCUCUUUCUGUCCUGUCCGUUUCUUGUCUCCUUUCGCUCUGUAUCUGUGCGCUGACGAAGUCGAGGUUCUCGUCCGUCCUCUGUCCUCAUUCUUCGGCCGCUGAAAAAAGUCACCAGGUCGGAGGAGGCUUGGUCCACCGGGCCACCCUGUUCCGGAUACUGGAACGUUUUAUCUUUUCGGACCUUUUCCUGGGCCUGCCUAACCAUCUGUGUGGCUCGUUCGGGAAUUGGGGGAAAUUGGAGGGAGGGGGUUUUAUUUAUUGAGAAAUGGACUUCGCUUGAGGCUGAAUGUUCGGUCAAUUCACGGUUCUGUGGGGCGCGAGGAGCGCAGGGUCCAAACGUACCCAUUACUUUAAACGCACCCGGAAAAACAAAUAAGGAGGACCUGGUGAUUUUUAAUUUAUAUAGUAACUUUUGUACUUCGCUGGUAUGGAGAGGUUGGAACCAAAUGAUUUGCAUUUUUUACAUGUCCCGUAUUAUUUUAAAAAGAAAAGAGAGAGAGAAAGAAAUGAAGCCAACACAAUUUCCUCAUCUCGGGAAGAACGCUUGAUCGCUUUGCCUGGUUAAGCAGGAAAAUCCUAAUGCUUCCCUUGUGGAGAGAGAGGACUGAUGGGCGGGGAGAGAAAA